AUGUCCUUACUACGCGAGGCGAAGAAAUGCCUCGUUAAUCUAUAUUCACACAAAUUCAAUGCCUUCAUAACACCGCUUGCGCGCGCUGGCCCAUGGCAGGACCGCGUGAAGGAGGCCGACGAGCGCAAGGAACAAGGAACCCCAAAGUCAGCCAUUGACGGCCGUCUGAUAUCAAUAAAAGACAAUAUCUGCACACGCGAUUUCCCAACCACCUGCGGGUCUGGCAUUUUGAAAAAUUACACCAGUCCUUUCAAUGCCACCGUCGUCGACCAGCUAGAGGCCGCCGGGGCCGUCAUCGCCGGAAAAACAAACCUGGAUGAGUUUGGAAUGGGCUCGAACUCGAUCAAUUCCCGCUUCGGACCUGUUAAGAACCCGCGCUACGACUCGAGUGGGGAAUUUCUCUCGGCUGGUGGUAGCUCUGGUGGAAGUGCGGCGUCGGUGGCCGCUGAUCAGUGCUUCGCCUCGCUGGGGACAGAUACGGGAGGCUCGGUCAGACUGCCGGCCGCAUACACGGGCACAGUGGGCUUCAAGCCCUCGUACGGGUUGAUCUCGCGUUGGGGUGUGGUGGCAUAUGCCAAUUCAUUGGAUACCGUGGGAAUUCUGGGAAAGACCACUGCCAAUGUGCGGGAUAUCUUUGACAUCCUCAAUAAGCACGACCACCGCGACCCAACCAGUCUUUCAAUAGCCUCACGCGACCGAAUUCAGCAUUCUCUCCACAACCCCCAGCUAACGUCCCGGUUGCAAUCCGCUCCGCUUCGGAUUGGCGUGCCGGUCGAAUAUAACGUAUCCGAGCUCACGUCCUCGGUGCGACGCGCUUGGGCGCAUUCACUUGCACACUUGAAGAAACAAGGACAUACCAUACACUCGGUUUCUCUGCCCGAUACAAAGCAUGCGUUGUCCACAUACUACGUCCUGGGGCCAGCAGAGGCAUCCUCAAACCUGGCCAAGUACGACGGAGUACGGUACGGCACUCGAGCCGAGGGUCCAGAUGGCGACGGCAAGCCGGAUGGAUAUCUCUAUGCGAAUACUCGUGGAGAGGGUUUUGGGCAGGAAGUCAAGAGACGAAUUACUCUGGGCACAUUCAGUCUAAGUGCCAACGCUAUGGAUAACUACUUUAUCCAGGCUCAGCGGGUGCGUCGUCUCGUCCAGAAGGAUUUCGAUGCUGUCUUCACGGCCAAGCACCCGCUCGCUGCGCACGGCACGGGAAUUACAAAGGAGAACGACGUCGACGUUAUUAUCUGUCCAACGGCUCCUUCGUCUCCACCCCGAUUGUCUGACUUGAUGGACAAGUCGAAGCCAAAGUCACCGCUGGAAGGCUAUGUCACCGAUGUGUAUACUGUCCCUGCCAGCUUGGCAGGUUUGCCAGCAAUCUCGGUCCCUGUUACAGUCGCCGGGGAACAAGAAGCAGAGCUAGCGGGCAUUCAGGUCAUCGGCCAGUACGGAGAUGACCAGCUCGUUAUGAAAGUUGGCGAAAUGCUCGAGGGGAAGCACUUGGACUGA